AUGGCUUCAACUAUGAAGAGUAGCACCCUGGUCGACAAUGAUUCCGCCGAAUCAAGCCUCCGCCAGGCACUCGGUGGCGGCAGUGCCGUCGACGAGAAGACUGGCACCUCGGAUGACCGAGCCAAUAUGUUUCGGAUGGGAAAGAAGCAGGAGCUGAGGAGGAACUUCCAGUUUGUUUCCAUGUUUGGCUUCACUAUGAUUCUCAUGGCAUCGUGGGAAAGCAUCAUCAGAUAUCACUGGGUGUCUGAGUUCGCCCCAAGAGACUAUCAGAAGUUUAUCAGCUACCUGAUGGGAUGGCUUUGCGUCUUAGGUUGGCAAGUUGGCUGUACCUCCGGCGCCUAUCUGGUCGGGACACAGAUUCAGGGCCUCAUUGCGCUGAACAACCCUGAUUACUCCUACGAGCGAUGGCAUGGGACACUUCUCACCAUAGCCGUCUCUGCAUUUUCAAUCCUAUUUAACACAGUUCUGGCCAGAAAACUGCCCCUGAUUGAGGGUAUCAUCCUCGUCAUCCAUAUCUUUGCCUUUUUCGGUAUUGUGGUCAGUCUUUGGGUCCUCGCACCUAUCAAUGCUUCCCCCAAACAAGUCUUCACUCAAUUCAGCGACGGCGGCGGUUGGGGAAGCCUGGGCGGUUCUGCUCUGAUUGGCAUCACAAGCGGUAUUUAUCCCCUCAUCGGAGGCGAUGCAGCCUGUAUGAUCUGGACAACUGUUGUAAACGGCGGCCUAGCCUGGAUCAUGGCCAUCACAUUCUGCUUCUGUGUUGGAGACCUUGAAGAGGCCCUCAACAGCCCAACAGGGUACCCCUUUAUGCAGGUGUUCUAUAACGCGGUCCAGUCAACCAGAGGUGCAACCGCCAUGUCCGUCUUUAUCACGAUAAUGUUCUUCUUCGGACUCUUGACUUUCGUCGCUACAAGCUCCCGUCAGCUAUAUGCCUUUGCGCGAGACAAAGGUCUCCCUUUCAGCGCGUGGUUCGCGACGGUCCGGCCCGGCUGGGACAUCCCCUUUAAUGCCCUCAUCUUCACCUUUGUUUUCACCAGCGCGCUGUCCCUGAUCAACCUUGGGUCUGCUACCGCCCUCAACUCUAUCACCGGCCUACAGAUCAACGCCAUGCUCUCCAGCUACAUCGUCUCGAUCGGGUGUACGAUAUGGCGCCGGUGCACGGGCCGGCCUCUGCUUCCAUCCAAGUUCAGCCUGGGCAGGUGGGGCUUGACUGUGAACAUCAUAUCGAUGGCUUUCCUGAUCUUCUUCUUCAUACUGGCGUUCUUCCCUUCCUCGCCGCAGCCCGACGCGGCUAGUAUGAACUGGAACAUCUUGAUAUAUUGUGCGGUCGUCCUGCUGUCCACGGUCUAUUAUCUGUUCUGGGGGAAGAGACACUAUGACGGUCCUGUGGCAUACGUUAGAAAGAUGGAAUAA